CGCCACCUUUCUGACGUCAUCUACACUCGGCACUGGCGCGCGCUGGUUGCUGCACUGACCUAGACAAGACUUGGCAGCGCUGACCGGACUGGGGAGCUGAGCGGGUGUCUGAUUUUCAGUGUCCAAAAAAAUAAAAAUAAAAAAACGAUGGGAAACGUGCAACCCACCAUUAUAGAAUAUCCAGAUUUUGAUGUGAUAGCUGAUAUAAAGGCCAUUAGAAAAGCAUGCAAAGGCCUUGGUACUGAUGAAGAUGCUAUUAUCAACAUUCUAGCCAACAGAAGCUGUGCCCAGAGGCUUGCAAUUAAACAGGCAUACUUUGACAAAUAUGAUGAUGAGAUCGUUGAAGUGCUUAAAAAAGAGCUUUCAGGAAACUUUGAGAAAGCCAUUGUAUCCCUGCUGGAUUCGCCCAUAGUGUUUGCAGCGAAAGAGCUUCGCAAGGCAAUGAAGGGACCAGGAACAGAUGAGGAUAUCCUUGUGGAAAUCCUUUGUAGCCGAAAUAAUCAGGAACUAUGGCAUCUUAAGAACACGUAUUGUGAAUUGUUUGAGCGAGAUUUGGAGGCUGAUAUAGAAAGCGACACAAGUGGUGAUGUACGAAACUUGCUUCUAACUCUGUUGCAGGCAGACCGUGAUGAGGGUUUUGAUGUAGAUGAGGAUCUGGCAGAGGCUGAUGCUACUGCACUCUUUGAGGCUGGAGAGGGUUGCUUUGGCACUGAUGAAUCUACAUUUACGCAUAUACUGGCUAAAAGAAACUAUCUUCAGUUACAGGCUACUUUUAAAGUCUACGAGUCGCUUUCAGGAACAGACAUAAAAGAUGCAAUUAAAAGUGAAUCUUCGGGAACACUGAAGGACUGUUACAUCACUCUUGUAAGAUGUGCAAAGAACCUGCAACUAUACUUUGCUCGCUGCCUCAAGCGCGCUAUGAAGGGUGCAGGAACUGAUGAAGACACCCUAAUAAGGAUUAUUGUUGGCCGCUCUGAGAUUGACCUUGAGACCAUAAAGGACAUGUACUCUGAAAAGUAUGAUGUGACUUUAAGAGAUGCCAUAAGCUCUGAAUGUGGUGGGGACUUCAAGAAGGUGAUCUUAGAGAUCUUGCACUGAUAUGAUCAAGAAGUAUGGAGGUGAUUUCACUGAGAAGGAUGUAUCCUCCAUCUCAUCUGUUUAACAUUGAAUGUUUUAAUCUCUGAAAUACACUUUGUGAGAUAUAUAAAACUAAGUUUAUUAACUAUCAAGUUGGUCUUGUAGUCUAUAACUGUUAAACUACAAUAUUAAUAUUAUGGUUUGUAUAAAACAACUGUUAUUCUUCAACUUUUCUUAGCAUCUUUACAUGUGUAAUUCCACUUAAGUAACUAACAUAAAGUAGCACUAAUGAACUACAAAAGGUAUUAACCUUUUUACACUGUAUUUUUAAGAGCUCAUUUUUCUAUUAAAUGGGAACAGUAUUUUGAGAUAUUAACACAUGAGCCAGUUUUCAAUAUCAUAUUAAAUCAUUCCAACAUCAAAGAGAGUACUUUAUUAACAAGGAAAUUGUAAUACAAAGCUAGUAAUUAAACUGUCCUUGACUGUCAGUUAAUGACUUAUUCAGGAGGGGAAAUACACAUGCAAAGCAGCCUUUGUUUAUUGAUUCCAGGGUGUAAAUGCUAAAGAGAUUAUAUAUGCUAAGUUAACCUUUAACAUGUUUACCUUUGGAUGAAAAUAAAAGGAUUGGAUAAAGAAACUAAAAAGUUAAAAAAAAAAAAAAUGCAAAAAAAAAAAUCUCCAAAGAUGUAAACUUGAGGAAAUAAUCACAGUGAUAACUGAUAUCAUAUGUUGUCGCUAAUCAUAUACAACAGCUAGAAUGACAGAAGCAGUUUCUUUUGUUUAUAUCUUCACAUUACAUUUACAUAUUACACAUUUAUAUUUACAACACAUAUUACAUACAAAGGUGACUUACAACAUUUCAGAUGUAAUUGGUUAUAUUUUGUUUGUAUUACCAGUUGGAGCACGGGCACAGGAAGUGACUUUCUCAAGGUCAAACAAUGUCAGUAAUGGAUAUAUAUAUACAGUGGUGUGAAAAACUAUUUGCCCCCUUCCUGAUUUCUUAUUCUUUUGCAUGUUUGUCACACAAAAUGUUUCUGAUCAUCAAACACAUUUAACCAUUAGUCAAAUAUAACACAAGUAAACACAAAAUGCAGUUUUUAAAUGGUGGUUUUUAUUAUUUAGGGAGAAAAAAAAAUCCAAACCUACAUGGCCCUGUGUGAAAAAGUAAUUGCCCCCCUGAACCUAAUAACUGGUUGGGCCACCCUUAGCAGCAAUAACUGCAAUCAAGCGUUUGCGAUAACUUGCAAUGAGUCUUUUACAGCGCUCUUGAGGAAUUUUGGCCCACUCAUCUUUGCAAAAUUGUUGUAAUUCAGCUUUAUUUGAGGGUUUUCUACCAUGAACCGCCUUUUUAAGGUCAUGCCAUAGCAUCUCAAUUGGAUUCAGGUCAGGACUUUGACUAGGCCACUCCAAAGUCUUCAUUUUUUUUUUCUUCAGCCAUUCAGAGGUGGAUUUGCUGGUGUGUUUUGGGUCAUUGUCCUGUUGCAGCACCCAAGAUCGCUUCAGCUUGAGUUGAUGAACAGAUGGCCGGACAUUCUCCUUCAGGAUUUUUUGGUAGACAGUAGAAUUCAUGGUUCCAUCUAUCACAGCAAGCCUUCCAGGUCCUGAAGCAGCAAAACAACCCCAGACCAUCACACUACCACCACCAUAUUUUACUGUUGGUAUGAUGUUCUUUUUCUGAAAUGCUGUGUUCCUUUUACGCCAGAUGUAACGGGACAUUUGCCUUCCAAAAAGUUCAACUUUUGUCUCAUCAGUCCACAAGGUAUUUUCCCAAAAGUCUUGGCAAUCAUUGAGAUGUUUCUUAGCAAAAUUGAGACGAGCCCUAAUGUUCUUUUUGCUUAACAGUGGUUUGCGUCUUGGAAAUCUGCCAUGCAGGCCGUUUUUGCCCAGUCUCUUUCUUAUGGUGGAGUCGUGAACACUGACCUUAAUUGAGGCAAGUGAGGCCUGCAGUUCUUUAGACGUUGUCCUGGGGUCUUUUGUGACCUCUCGGAUGAGUCGUCUCUGCGCUCUUGGGGUAAUUUUGGUCGGCUGGCCACUCCUGGGAAGGUUCACCACUGUUCCAUGUUUUUGCCAUUUGUGGAUAAUGGCUCUCACUGUGGUUCGCUGGAGUCCCAAAGCUUUAGAAAUGGCUUUAUAACCUUUACCAGACUGAUAGAUCUCAACUACUUCUGUUCUCAUUUGUUCCUGAAUUUCUUUGGAUCUUGGCAUGAUGUCUAGCUUUUGAGGUGCUUUUGGUCUACUUCUCUUUGUCAGGCAGCUCCUAUUUAAGUGAUUUCUUGAUUGAAACAGAUGUGGCAGUAAUCAGGCCUGGGGUUGGCUACAGAAAUUGAACUCAGGUGUGAUACACCACAGUUAGGUUAUUUUUUAACAAGGGGGCAAUUACUUUUUCACACAGGGCCAUGUAGGUUUGGAUUUUUUUUCUCCCUAAAUAAUAAAAACCAUCAUUUAAAAACUGCAUUUUGUGUUUACUUGUGUUAUAUUUGACUAAUGGUUAAAUGUGUUUGAUGAUCAGAAACAUUUUGUGUGACAAACAUGCAAAAGAAUAAGAAAUCAGGAAGGGGGCAAAUAGUUUUUCACACCACUGUAUAUAUAUAUAUAUAUAUAUAUAUAUAUAUAUAUAAUAUAGUGUAAAUCAUGAUGGGGAUUCUGAGGGCUGGACAGCUACUGAGCACUGUGAAUUCCCAGCCCAGUCAUUACUGUAAUUAUAUAAUUAAAAAAUUUAAAUAUGUACUGGACACAUAUAAAUAUAUAUUCCCCUGUUAUCCAACCAUCACACCUUAAAAGCAUUAAUAUCAAGUAUGUAUGUGUUUUCUUCUUUUUCCCAUUAUGCCUUUAUGUUAAUUCUCAAGGUCUUUGAAGAACAUUAUUGUUCAUGCCUGAACACAAGAUUAUAGAAUUUGUUUGGAUCUUAGGACUUUUCACAGCCAAAAAGUACUUUGUAUUUCAGCUUUAUUACAGAGAACCUGUAUCAAAUGUGAAACAGAGUCUCACAAAACGUUUUUGCAGUCCUGAGUGUCUAUUAGUCAUUUUUAAGAAGGUAUACACAUAUUCUGUUGUUUUUACAUAUUAUAUUUAUUUACUUAUUUGUUUUGUUUUGUUUGUCACAUUCAUAUCAAAAACAUAUUCUGUAAUUAUAAGGGUCAAAAUGUUGAAAAACAUAAUCUUUAUGAAUAUCACUUUCCUUGGUGUUCCACCUAAAAGCAAGUUCAAAGUAUCCACUCCUAACACUUUGCUUAAUUCAGAAUACAGUUACUUUUGCAUUGCUUUGUUUUUUACUGGUUGUCUCCUUAGUUUCUUUACCUUUUAUUUCUCCAAAAGAGAUUUCCUUUUCUAGAGUUUCUCAUCGUAGAAUUCUUUCAAGACAAAUUGUAUAUAGGAAUGAGAUGGUGCUCAAAAUCAUUUUAUAGUGUUUACCAUUAACAACCAAUCUAGGUGUUUUGUGAUAUUACCAAAUGAUUAAUUCUCUGUUACUUCACUUCCAUAUAUAAAACUUCUCUCGCUGACAUUUACUCCUUCCUCAAUGUCCAUUUCUAUAAACUGUAUUUUUUUCCCCAAUUUGUAUCUUAAUAAUCUUGAACUUGCUUUUCAUAAAAAUGAAGCUAACUAUACUUGGAUACAUCUUUAGACUUUCCAGUUUUGUCCCUAAUUUUGUCUUCACUCUAUCUGCUAUCUGACUUGAAUACUGUAGUCCAAUGUAAUGAAAGAGUUUCAACUGCUAGUUUUUUCUCUCCCUACUGUAAUGUGCAGAACUGUCUUCCUUACUUUUGUAUUAUGUAAAACACUUGAAUAUCACCUUCUUCAUAUUGUUUUUUAUUUUUAUGAUCAAUAUACAGUCAAUGAACAGCUUGCCUCGUACUCUUUCUGUACUUUUUAAUAUAAUCAUUUAUUGCAGUCAUUCUAAUUUUGGAGUAUAAGAAGUGGCAACAGGGAACUGAUGCAUAUUUUUAACUCAUGGUAAAUGUUUACACCAAAUUUUAAUAUUUCUCUCCUAUAUUCAUAAUAAUUCCAGAGUUUGUUGUAUUUAGUGCAUUAAAGCCUUUUAUCUAUCCUGUC